AUGCAAGCUGCUCAAGAUAGCCCUGCUGUUAAAAACAGAAAAAGAAGAGUUAGUACUGCUCAUGCACGACGCCGAGCAAAAGUUUACUCAAAUGCAGUUAAAAAGGAAGUGCUAGAAGAGCAAAUUGCAGAUGAAUUAAGGAGUUCUCAUGAGUCUGGUCUGGCCAGUGGAUCUACAGCUUUCUUGAAAGGAUUGUUGUCAAAGACUGAUAGUCUUCCAAAGCGUAUAUCUGAACGAUAUCAAACACAAAGAGAAGUAUGUGGGAGAUGAUUAGGUCUUUGGAAACAAGCAGAGAACCUAUCCCUCUUUCUUUUGCUUGUUGAGCAAAAAUGUCCUGAAAAUUUUGAUUACUUGAGAAGUGAGACCCUUGAAAUUUCCAUUAGAAAGAGACAUCAUUUGGUGCAUGCAAUCAUAUGCAAGUAAAAGGAACCUGUCUAUCAUUGCUUGCUCUUAGUUUUGAGCUUUGCACACAUUUUGCUUGUCUCUAGUUUGUCCUUUGUAGCUAUUUAACUGACUGAGAAGUCUUGUGUGAAUGGUGAUUAUGGUAUUGAUUUUUUUAUAAUGUAUACUUUUACUUAUAUGAACUAAUAUAUAUUGCUAAUGUGGCAGAAAACUUUGCAAGUAUCACAUGUAAUUUUGCAAAUUUUUUUUGGGCUUUUAUUUUAUUGAAAUCAUUUACACAAUCGCCUUUCAAUGCAAACUUGAGAGUAUGUAUAUCUCUUGAUGAUCAGGAUAGUAUUGAAUGUGAUGGGGAUGAAAACACAAGAUGUCUUUAAUAUGAGUAUAUUGUUACCUAUCAUUACCUUUAUCAUCAUCUUUAUAAAUAAUGUACAUUAAUUUACAGAACAGUGAUUGGAUUUACAAGACAUUCAAAAGGAAGGAAUGUAUCCAUCAUGUUGAGGACAAAGCAAAGCCUGGAUUGUGAGUCACAAUAUAUAGCUUGCUAAUACACUAUCUAUUACAGAGACUGUUUAUUUCUUCAUUUGUCCAGUACAUUUCUUUAAAUGUUCUUUUUCUUUGUAAUUUCACUAGCCUAGUGUGUCUAAUAUAUGUGUGGUACUCAUUAUGUCAUAUUCUAGAUGCUGUUGUGGUCGCCCUGAAAAUCAGCAUAGCAAGUUGACCACUGUUCAAGAAGAAAAUGAAGAGCUUGAGAUAGCUCAUGAUGUAGCUGAAGAUAGUGACUGUUCUAAUGACAGUCAGUCAGAGGGUGAGUGUUAAAUACAAAAGAAAGGGUCCAGUACACCAAGAGUGAAGGUUUCUGUACAAAUUUUUUGUUUUAUAUGGUUAGAAUUAUUUUAUCUGCACUCUCAGGUCUUGGGGUUCAAGAGUGCACCAUUUACGUAGUAAGGGAUAUGAAAGAUUGGAUGGUAGACCAUUCAGACUGGUUAGGGUAAAAAAAUGUUUUGAAGUUGCCCUUUUUCUGGAUAUGUAAUUUAAAGAAAUAUUUAUUAGUUAGAUGCCAAAUAAUAAUGGUUUUAUAGGCCAGGGAAUAUGAGACUGUCUAUAAAAGUUUUGCGCAUUGGUGUCAGAUUCUGUUUUAAAAACUGGACUUGGUGAUUUUUGGGUGUGGAGGUUGUUAUCCUUUUAGAACUUGGCUAAUUUAAAAUCUUUGUUACAAAAUAGUUUGAAAGAAGAGUUAAUUCUCUUCGUUAUUAUGUGGGCUUGAUUGGCAUCUCCUGUUUCAUUUUUUUGUAUUUUAUGGUGCAGUUAAAGAUGAAAUAAUUAAGAGUUGCUUAGUAAUAUAAGUCAGAAUGAAAAUGAUCAAUAUGAGAUUUUUGAGCUCUUAAUUCUUGACUAUCUUGUAAUCAUGGAGCUGGUGAUGUUGUGUUAACAGGUUUGCCACCAUCAACAAAAACCAGUAGAUGUGAAGGGAAAGUUUAUGGAAUAAAGACAGGACCUGAAAACUGGUCACCAAAGGAUGACAUAAAAGAGUUUCCAACAAAUGGCUUUGGUCAGAUAAAGUUUGUAAAUGCAUACAGUUCAUCUUUGACCCCUGCCAAGGUUUGAUUUGUAAUGUAUUACUAUGAUUAUUUCAUCUGUUAAAUAGUUAGUAUUGAUUAUGAUAAUUGUUAUAGAGUACUUAUAAAUAUAAAUUAUACCAUACAGGUGAAUAGAGCUUUUUGCAUGUGGUGAUUGGUUGGUGCAGAAGGGAUUAGCAAGUGCUAUUCAUUGUCAAGCAAUGCAUGUUAAGAGUUUAAUUCUGACUGUUUCUUGGUAUAGUUUCAGAAUAAUUUUUGGUUUCUGUGAUAUAGACUAACACAAUUAUUUACCCUGCGGUCAGUGAAAGUGGUGAAUAUUUACCUCACUGCUUUACCUAUCUGGUAGUCAAUAUUAACCACUAUUGAUCAUCUUCACUUUGGAGAAGGAUUGUUAAUGAGUAUAUGGUUGAAAGAUUAAUAGGCCUUGAGGAUCUCUUCAACUAGGCUUUGUCAGCAACAAUCACAACUGACAAUGAUAUUUGUCAGGGUGGCUGUUGAUUAUUUUCAUGUAUGUUUAUUCCUGGUGAUUUAUUAUUAAACUGUGGAUGAAAUACAUUCAGAGAGUUUCUGAUUUGGAUUCUUUAUUGAUAAAUAUUCAUAGGUUCCUUAUGGUAUUUAGAGAUAAUUUCACACUUGGUUAAAUUGAUCUUGAAAUAUGUUUGAAUCAUUAUUUUGUUUUGAAUUUAUUCCUACUGAAUUUAUGACUUGACAGUUGGUACAUGUUCUUUUUCUAAAUUGUAGUACAUACGUCUAGCAGACAACACAAGGCCAGAGUUGACAUUAGAGCUUAUGGUGCAACAGUGGAAGUUACAGAAGCCAGACAUUGUAAUAUCAGUACAUGGAGGUCUGAAAAAUUUCAAGCUUGAUCCUCACCAUAAAGAGAUCUUCAACAGAGGCCUCAUUAAGGCAGCUAAGACAACUCACAGUGGUGCUUGGAUAAUAACUGGUAAAAUUAACAGCCUGUUAAAUCUGUUGUAUCACACAUAUUUUAUUAUAUUUGGACUAGAAUAAUUUAAGACUUUCUCUUCGUUAAUCAUGUCUUUGAAUGGUUAUUUUCUUAUGGAUAUGGUAUUAUUUAGGUGUACCUCUGACUAGAACUAAACCUAUCAACAAGUUAUUGUAAUUUCAAGUGAAGUUCAAUGUGAUUGAUUUUUUUUCCAAUUACAUCAAGAAUUACUUAAAUAUUGUUAAAAAUGACAGGGAUUAUUAAAUUUAAAAAACUGGUGUCUUAAUGGCCAUUUGCAACUGCUAAUGCUGGAUAAUGUGUCAGGCAAAAUUUAUUGAAGAAACUUCCAAGUGUACAGCUUAAACUCAAUAUAAAAUUAUACAAACUGCCUGAAGCAUGGGAUGGUGAAAGUGAACAAGUUAUUUUUGGUUUCAGUUUUGGAUCUGAUUCGUUGGGAAAGUAGAGCAAGUUUCUUGAUCAUUUAUAGGGAAGGAUACUUUUGAACAAAUGCAAUAUGGCAUUUCUUUUACCUUUCAAUUGGAAGUUGCCCUUCAAUUGUAGCUUUCAUCUGUUACUGGUUGUGCUCAUGCAGGUGGUGUAAAUCUUGGUGUGAUGAAGGCUGUAGGUCAAGCUGUGCAGGAGGGUCAGUCCAUGCAUUGGGGAGGGUUAUCAAGUCGCCGGCGCAUCAGAUGCAUAGGUAUUGCGACAUGGGGAUAUAUAGAGAGAAAUGAGCACUUGAUUAGCCCACUGGAGGGCAAGGUGAGGAAAAAGAAUACCUGUCUGCAGUAAGAUUUCAGAAAGAUGGAGCUCUGAUGGCAAAGUGGAAAAUUAAUCAGAUCUACCAUGAUCUCAAAAUAGACUUUAGAGUUGUUAGUUUUGCUUCUUUGAAGAAAACUUUUGUUUUGUUACAUAUCAAAGUUCAAACAAAAUCUAUUUGCAGAAAAGUGUUUUUAAAAGUUUGUUUUUCACAAAAUAGUACUCAGCUUGUCAGGACUAUACUUAAGAGAAACUUUCUAUGUCUUGUUCUUGCUUAGGAUUGGUUUUGCUUUUCUAAAAAUAUAUGCACUCUCUGUAAACUUGGUAAAUUUCAGCAGUUUGUUGCCAAAGGCAGCAAUCCAAAGUGUUAAAAAUUGUAUGACCUUUUUCGCUUUUCUAGGGAUGCUAUCCAGCAACUUACAGGGUAGAGCAUUCAUUUGAGCGAGGGAAACCUGUGUCCCUCAAUCCAGAUCACAGCCAUUUUCUUUUGGUGGAUGAUGGUACACAGGGGCAAGCAGGAGCUAAAGAAGUUCAAUUUAGGACACGGCUGGAGAGAGUCAUUGCCAACAAACCUAAUAUUCAGAGACAAAGUGAGUUGACUUUGAGAAGUGAAUUCAGGUGUUAGAUGUAAAUUCCUUACAUCUCCUUUGUAGUAUGUUUCUCUUUGUAAAAUCUUACUUGUUUUUAAAUUAAGUUUUUAACAUGAAAACCAUUGGCUAGUCUAGACUUAUUUGUAGGGCUUUGGUUGUAGGGGUGCUAUACUUCCUACAAUGAAACAAUGUUUAAUUACUGAUAGCUUAAUAAUUCAUUGUCUCUGGCUAGACUUACAUUGAAAUGGAACAAGACAUACUUGGGUGGGAUCUUGUUAUUUUGAACUUUUGUUGGAAGUAGCUUUACUGGGGCAGUAGUUUUAAUUUACAAGCAGCGUUUGAAAUAAUCACAAAAUUGUGAAAAGCAUUAACUAUGCUUGAAAUGCAUGGAAUAUCUUCCGAAUAUUAUCAUGGACUUUCAAUGGUCUCCUAAGGGUUUGGAAGAGAUUGUUAAUAGAAUUCAAAAAGAUAUUUUAAAAGAAAGACUCAGUCCUCUGACUAUACAAUCAAAAAUUAACUUGCCAAAUAAAUUACCUGAUCAUUAGGGAAACUGGCAAUUAAAUUAUUUUUAGGAAUUAAACAAACAUUAGAUAUUAAAAGACCCGAUCUUGCUAACUGAAGAUCUUGGUUGUAGCUAAGAAGGAUAUGAAUAGUCUUUAAAUGUCUUUAAAUUGACUUUUCAUCCUGAACACUUUUCCACAUGAUUUAUUCAUUGUAGAGUUUGGGUUUGGGGUUCCUGUGGUGACAGUGAUUGUUGAAGGAGGAGAGGAUGCACUAAAGGCUGUCAAAGCAUCUGUGAAGCAUGGUAUUCCAGCAGUUGUGGUGGAAGGAACCAAGAGAGCUGCUGAUAUCUUGGCUUUUGCACAUCACAACUGUGUCCCUGGGUAGGUUUAUUUAUUUACUUUUUGAUAUUAUUUAUUAGAAGAGAGUUUGACCUGUCAUUUCAGAUUUCUAAUGCAAGUAUUCUUAAUUGAGUUAAAGAGAAUAAACUUGACCCAUAGAAAAGUUUUUCAGUGAUCAAGUGUCUUGCUGGUUCAGUUUAACUUAAUUGCUGCAAAACUGUCCUGCUGUCAUAUGUGUUGAAAGAAAAUGAGUUCCAUUUUAUGAAAACCUUUGAAAGUCUAUGUUCAGUGAUUAAAGAAUAUGGGGAAAGGAUUGUAGAGGUGGCUGUUUUAGUCGUGAGCCAAGAUGUUGGAAGAGAUGUUGUCAAGUUGUGUUGAAUCAUUUCUUGGCCAGGGUAUGUGUAUUUUGGUUCUAAUUUACCAAAAAGGAAAAGAGAUCUUGACUUGACUAAUACCUCACAUGAUCAGUAAUAAGUUAAUAAUUCUAAGAACAAGCAGUAUGAAGAGUGGCCUGAAAAUAAAAAGGGAAUUUUGUUUUAGCAUAACUUUCCUGAAUCUGAUUACAGAACAGUGCGCCAAGUAAAGAAAGAUCAGCUACCUCGUCUCACUGCAAAAAUCCGGGAAUCUUUUCCAAAGUUUGCAGGCGAUGAAAGUUAUGUCCAGAAAAUUGUAGACAUUGUUAACAGUUGUGUUUAUGAUGAGCAUCUGGUAAGUUGUUUCUUCCAAUGAUAGUCCAUUAUCAACUUGCACUAGGGCGAGUGUUUGAUAAUUUUUCCUUUCAAUUUUCCAAGAAGGGUUGACAAUUUUCAAAAUUUUUGCUUGACAGGUUUUCAAAUUUUCCAAAACCAAUUUCACAGAACUUUUCAAAUUUCCCUUACUGGUUUGACUUUAAUUGAAAUUUUUGUAGUACCAGUAAUCUGCUAAUGAAGAGCAUCAAGAAGUGAUGACCAGCAUUGUGUGCAUUCACUUCUGCUUAAGUUUCCAACAUCUAUUGUGCUUUUUGAAUUAACAUAGCCCAUGUGACAAUUGUGAUGAACUCUUUUGUCCUAGAUCACUGUCUACAAGAUUGAUGAGAAAAAUAACCUUGACCUUGACCUAGCCAUUCUCAGUGCCUUGCUCAAAGGUGAGACUUCGAAUUCUGCCAACAAGUGUACAAUGAUCCAUAAUGGGAUGAAUGAAGUAAUGUCUUUGGUCAUUAUGUUUUUUUUUCCUGCUGCUUUAGGAGCUGGCAAUGGUGAUCCAGGGAAAUCUGAUUUACUCGGACAGGGUGCCAAUCGAAUGGAUCAGUUAAAACUGGCAUUAACAUGGAAUAGAGUUGACGUGGCUGAAGAAAAGAUAUUUACUCCUGAUGCUGACUGGCCUGUAAGUGAUAACAUAGACCACAAGAAGCUCCUCUUUUCCACCUUGGUCCAUGUAAAGGGCGAAAAACUAAAACAGACCAGUUCGUUGAGGUAGCUAGGUCUGGGACUAUCUGUGGUCUAUUGAAAACCUGUAAAUGGUUUAGUUUCCUAAUACUCGGUAAUGGAGUUGUACUAAUUGAGACUAUUUCAACAAAGUUUCUGACUUGAGGUCCAACUGAGAAUUGGAUGAAACAUCAAAACUGAUCCAGGGGUUCAUCGUUUUUGUUAAAACUUCUCUAUGAUUGGGUUUUUGAAACUAAUGUUACCCUCUCAGCCAUUCAGAUUUAAAGAUAUAAAGAAACCUUCUAAGUCUGGUUUUGAAACUACUUUAUUAGAGUUGCUUUGUAGCAUGAUACCUAACUGGAGCAGGGAUGUAAAAAUCUGUUAAGUUGUGUGGUCAACUGUUCUUUUGUUAUCAGCUUCAAAUAUACUUUUCCAGCACUCAGGAGAUUGUAUUCUCUUGUGGGGCUUUAAUUGAAUGAUACAUGAUGGUGCAAUGUCAAAUUUGCAAUGUAUAGCUAUUUUUCACGUGUUUCAUUUCACUGAGUUUGAUCAUCUCAUUUCUAGAGUGGAAGCCUUGAUGACGUCAUGCUAAACGCUCUACAGCUGGAUCAUGUUGAUUUUGUAAGGCUUUUUCUAGCAAAUGGAGUCAGUAUGAGAGACUUUUUGACUGUUCCAAGGCUAAGAAAACUUUACAAUUCAGUAAGUUUAUAUUUGUAGCUUGUUUUCUUUACAAAAUGUUCUGUUACUGCCUGUGACUGUCACAGUAAUCUUUUAGUUCAAAGCACAUUGUGGAAUGAAGGGGUCUAAUGAAAUAAGAUUCAAUUUGUUACUUCUUUCUGCCAAAAGAUGAAGGCUAAAAAACAUUUCCUAAGCAAAAUUUACAGGAGAAGAUGAUGAGAAAUUUGUACCAUGAGUUUGUCCACUACAUUGGAGAAAGAGAAAUACAUAAUCAUAGCUUGAGGGAGUAUUUGUUGUCAUUAUUUUACAAACUUUGUAGGCAGAACCUGGAAGUCAUCUAUACUCUCUCCUAAGGAACAUUGCUGAUGUUUCUGUAAGUAAAUCUUAAACUAAACUAGUGAGAUAUUAUAAAUACUUUCUAGGUAGCUUUAAGGAGGGCAUCAAGAUGUAUACAUGUAUGCAUGUUUAAUGCAAUAGAGGGAAAGACCUGUUGUAGUCUUACCUUGACUAAACGAGUGCGGGGUUUAGCUGGCUGGUGAAAGAAUCACCUUAUAUGUAACUCUUAUAGCCAGUGACUCCUAAAGUCUACUUCGUAUGAAACGUGGGGCUUUUUUAACUGGCCUCUGACCGAUUAUUUUACAAAAAAUGAGUGACAUAUUUGCCCUUUUUGUCUGAAGUUUUAUCUAAACUUGUUUUUGUUUGUUUCCUUGUUCAAGGAAGGGCCAUACUCCCUUAAAGACAUUGGUGUGCUUAUCGAAGAACUUGUUGGUGCUUAUUAUGAGCCAAUGUACCAGGUUGAUACACCCCAUACCAACGCCCUGGCUGCAGGAGUUGCUGGCCUGUUUGGAGUAGCACCUUACACGGGGGAUAAAUCUGAUGGAGAGAAUGGUGCUUUGUGCCAAUCGGCAAAACUUCAGCCUUUAGAUAAAACUUUUGAAGUGCAGAGGGCCUACAAUGCCACGCGGUUUGAGAAGCCUUUUAGAGAGCUCUUCUUAUGGGCAGUAUUAAUGAAUCGAUAUAAACUGGCAAGAUUCAUGUGGGAGAAAGGAGAAGAAGCUGUGUCCGAUGCAUUGGCAGCGAGUAGAUUGUUUCAAGCCAUGCAUGAUCAAGUUGAAGAUGACUAUUUUGAGAUCAAGAGGGCAUUGAAGCAACACGCAGUGUACGUACAAUGAAAGGCCUGGGUAUUCUUGAGUUAAUUGUAAUAUGAAGCUAAAUUUUAUGGUGAAUUCAGGAAAGAGAUGGUGGGGGGGGGGGGUGCAUGCCCCUCCUUUGUGGACAAUGUUCAAGGCCCUUAGGGCAAGGGAAAUUCGAUACUUGGUUGGCCAAUGUUAUCCAGUUUGUGAUAGCACGCUACCUGCAUAUUUAAUGUGUGACCUGGUCUUCAUUUGUAUGUUUUCCUAUGUGCGCAUGAAAACCUUGAAGCUCAAUGUAGCGUACUUAAAUAUUUGGCUCAAAUUUGUGACCACAGUUCUUAUGCUUUAACUCUGUUUUACCCACUACUGAAUUCAAUUAGGUUUUGAUGUUUAGGGAAUGAUUUCUUUGUAAUUUAGACCGAAUACUUAUGUAAAACUUGACUUCUAUCAUUACUAAACAAUUCUAAACCAAAUUGUGACUGGUCUCACCAUUUUCCAAAACCAAAGCCCUAAAGUCAAAUGGAAAGUCAUGCUGAGGUUGCAAUCGCUUUGUUUUAUUUCAUUGGCCUUCUUUUAUAGUAGUGAGGUCAUUGAUAGGUUAUUUUUUUGUAUUAUGUCAGUGAAUUUGAAACAUUAGCCCUUGGUGUUCUUGAUGUGUGUUACAAUGAAGACGAAGUGUUGGCAGAGAUGUUGGUUGAGAGGGAGAUACCCAAGUGGGGUGGUAUGAGCCCCCUUAGCUUGGCGGCUGCAGCGAAAGCAGAACAAUUCCUGGCACAUCCAUGCUGUCAAUCAAGUCUGAAUAGCAUUUGGAAGUCACGUGGUAUGCCUGGAGUUCAGUACUGGAAGGUACGGCAGCUCAUUGCCUGUAUUGAAACUUUUCUUUUAAGCGUUCUCAUGAUGUAGUGGUUUUCUUCCGAUCGUGGUAAAUUCAGACAAGUAGUUUUAACAGUGAAGGGCAACGUUAGAAAGGGAGAUGUGUUUAUACAAAAGUUGUGAUUGAAUUUAAUUUAACGGCUAAUUGGUUGAAAAGUGGCACACAGUUUAACCCAAAGCACAGAGCAUUGUCAACCUGCUAACCAAUACAAUUCAAGUGUUGUGUUUACACUUACUGCUGCUAAAAAAUAUUUAUCUAAAGCCAUCAGCUGUUCUGAUUGUUGAUUUGAGCUAACAAACUGAUGGCCAAUUUAGAAUGGUUUGAUUCAGUGCUUAGAAAAUGGCAAAACUUAUCAACUGAACACACUAGUGAGACAAUACCGGCUUAGACAAAUCAGCUUUAACUCUCUGUGAUUGGCUAAAUCAAACUCCACCACUAAAUUACCAAUCAUGCUCAAACGUUAACGCCUGCGUCGCAAGUGGAGGUUGGGUGCCCAUGGGCCAGGGGGCUGCAUACAAAUGCAAUUACACCGCAAAGCGGAAGAACACCCACAGGCCUACCAACCCACAACCUGGCCACGAGCCCCCCCACGCCCAGCCACGCCCAGCCCCCCACUAUAGCACCUGUCACACUGUGGCCAGUAGCCCAGUGGAAGUAAAAUGCACAAACCCCUGAAACAAGGGAAAAAAGAAUCCCGGAAAGGAGGGGGAGACCCUAAACCAAGAAAGCAGAGGGAGGGAGGAGAAACAAGAGAAACGCUACGCUACUGGAGCGCCACGCCACACCAUGCUACGCUAACAAAGCUUUGAAUACAAUGCAAAUAAAAUGUAGGCACAUGGCCUGUGCAUGUGCCAAAGCAACAUACCGCUGGACAGGAAUCUGCCCCCAUGCUCAUGAACAAUGGUAAAUGCUACAAACGCAAACAUAGUUAUGCUACAAAUGGCCAACACACCACCAAAGAACACCAAAAAUACUCGAGACCAUAGUUCCUAGUUGUUAACUACAUUAAAUAUGAUUUAAUAGUAUUUACCAUGGAAACAUAGUUAAGUGCACUUUCUACUUGUUUCUGCUUGUUUCUGCAGAAGAUACGAAUUUAGUCUGAUUCUCCAUCGGAUUAAAAGUUUUUGUUGUUAUGUGGUUCAACUGGCUUGGGUGUUAAUUUAGGACGCUUUUUCUCAAGUGCUCCGUCUAAGGCCUGCAGGAACUUUUCCAAACUUUUCCAAUCUCUUUUUAAGGUAAUCCUUGCUGUUAUCUGCCCACUAAUGAUUCUUAAGAUCUUAUUCUAUGACGACGAAAAUCACAGCUGGUCGGUGCCCCUGUGGAAAAAGGUCCUUAUCUUCUACAAUGCUCCAAUAACAAAGUUCUGGUCCUAUCUGGUAAGAAAAUAAAUGUUGUUACCCAUUUCUUAAUUUACCUAACACGGUUUGAGUUAAGACUUCAACAUUUAACAAUAUUGGUAGUGAUUGAGGCUAAGCCCUUUUUGGGGAAGUAUUUUUCCGUUUUUGUGUGUAGUAAUACAAGUAGUAAGUAUGAGUUACAUAAAUCAAUAGUCAUGCAUUUGUUUGAUGAACAUAAUAGGCCUCUUGGCUUGUGUACUUUUAAAAAAUAACAAGAGAGUAAGCUGUAAAGCUUCAUGAGUUUUGACGCAUAAUAUGGGGUGAAACAAUCUCCAUUUUUUUUUCUAUUACUCAUUUUGGAGGGGCAAGUAGUUGAAAUGUUAUGGUGUUGUCUGCAGUUGUCUCAGAGUUUUUACUGUGCUUUCUCAGUUUAAUGAACCAACCACAUUUUAAAGUUAAUUCUUCACCUUAUCUCUUCUUUUUUUUCUUUUCCAGGGAAUGCACUUGUGCUUUUUAGGAUUGUAUGCUUUUGUAAUUUUAUUCUCAUUUCAUAAGUCUUGGCCCUCCAUCUAUGAAAUUGUGCUCUUGUGUUGGAUUGGUGUCAUAAUUAUGGAUGAAAUUAGACAAGUGAGUAACAAAGAACCAAAGCACAUGAAUUUCGAACUUGUUUACAGAAUUUAGAUUAGUUUGAGUUACCUGUAAAUAUAAUUGUACCCUAUUACAGUCCUGGAUUAAUAGAGUCUGUGCCUUGCCUAAGAACACAGUGUGAAUAACGUCCCCAACCCAUCCAUCUUGGGAGUUGCUAUUCCUUUGUUCAUGGUUAGGAAAAUUUAAUAGUAUAUUUAGCCCCUUUGAUGAUGUAUCCUGUUUCCCCCUUCCCUUUCCUAGUUUUCUUUGCGUAUUAUUCCCUUUUUGAGUCACCUGAAAAGCCUCUCAAUCAUUCAUAUCCACAGGUCAUGAAUCAAGAGACAUCCACUUUUAAAAGCAAGUUGGAACUAUAUUUUAACACCUACGUAAACAUUGUGGACACAUUUGCGAACGCAAUCGCUCUCAUUGGUUUUAUCCUACGGUUUUUCGAUGUCACAUGGGAAGCAGCCCGUGUUUUGUAUUGUGUGAAUUUCGUCAUUUUCUCCUUCAGACUUUACAGAGUGUAUUUUGUUAGUGGUUACCUGGGGCCAAAGAUUAUUAUGAUAAAAAGAAUGGUAAGUAGUUUACCGGUGGGUCCUUUUUAAGGUAAAACAGAACUUGAACAAACACACUCAAGCAAGGACUACUGAAGUACAAAUUAUUCAGCCUUCGCCCUUUGGCCUUGUUAAAAUUAGUUGGUUGAGUUUGUGAGUAAAGGUUCCAUUUUGAUAUAUAUGUGCACUGAGUAAUAGAAAUGAUGGGAUAUCAAUGCUUAUGGUCAACUAGUCAUAAAUUUCAUGAAUGAUUGGAUUCCACCACUCCUUUUCAACCACGGGUAUUCAAGCAAAGCACUCGCUAUUUCUCCAUUAGUCACAUAAUCAGUGCUGCGUAGGUAUUGAGAGCUGGUCUAGGUUUAGUAUUAUGCUUUGCAUUUGCUGAACUCUUUUACUUUUCAAGCAAUGAUUUAUGAUCGUCCCCUCCAGCUGCAUGCAGUGAUGAUUUUUGCAAUAAUGAUCGAUAUAAUUUAGUAUUAUAUUCUUUCGAUAUUACUGUCUAUUCCAAUCACCUGUUUGCUGGGUUGUGUAUUAGUCAGUAAACCUUCAAGUCAUGGUUUUCAACUAGUUAUUUAGCAAAAAGAACAUUUAGGAGUUUUCAGUUUAGUAUUGAAAAAUAAAAAUCAAAGUAAUCACAACAGCCAGUCAGAAUUAAGGUCAGGAUAAAAAUAGGUAAACUGCAUGAAGCCCAGGAAAACGUGGAUGAUCAAGUCGUGUCUGGGUUUAGUUUAGCAUCCAAUUGGUUGAUAGGUGCAAGUUUUGUAGGCCUUUUCAGUAGAGAGCGUAAAAAAGCAAAACCGAGGCAGUCCUGAAUUACCUUCGAUACUUAUUUGGAGAUUGCACUGAAAGAUAGGUUAAACUUACACUGAAUUUAUCUUUACAGCUUGCAGACGUUAUGAUGUGGCUUUGUCUCUUGUUGGUGUUUGUGUGUAGUUAUGGUGUGUUCAGGCAGGCGUUGUUCUUUGCUAACAAAGAGCCAUACUGGGGUGUGAUUAAUGAUCUGUUCUACAAGCCUUACUGGCACGUAUAUGGAGAAUUGUUUGUUGAUCAGGAAGGUAAGCAAUUGAGAUUCUUCACGUUAUUUGUAGAGAAAAGUUUCAAUUGAUAGCAAUAAAAUCAACAAAACAUAUAUACAGCAGCUUGCAACACGGGUGCAGAUGCAAAGUUGAUCCGCUCGCGUCUCUUACAGUGUCUGCAAUGAAUUUCUGGUACUAUGAUUUUUGACUGGAAACCUUCUAAAUAAUUUGAGCUUCUUUACCACAUUUGGGACAUGUUUGUUCUGCUUUUCAGUUGAGCAAGGCAAGCUUACUACGGGCGAAAUUCCUUUGCAUGAUGGAGAACAUCUAAAGUGGAUUCAUCGCAUAUUCAUGGGUGGAUAUUUACUCAUCACCAACGUGCUUCUUAUCAAUCUUCUUAUUGCUAUCUUCAGGUAUUAUGUCUUAUACUUUCAAUUACCAUCUGUCAACCAGCGACACUGAAAAGUGCUAUUUUUAUUGAGCAGCUUGUAGUUUUCAAUUCUUGAUGUGUUUCUCUUUUCCUGUCUGUAAUUGUGCCUGGAAAUCUGUUCACAAACCUUGCGUAAGUAUGACAUUCCCCUUAACGCACAAAAUUUUUUGGAAAAUGAAGUUUUAACUCUGUCUACUUGAGCAUGUCAAGAGAGUUGGUUAUCAGUCAUAACACCUAGGCAAGUUGUAGAACUGAAAAACUUCACAAAGCCAUGGCCAAAAUGUAACGGCUGCCAAGGGUCAAUUAACUGCUGCUUUUUCAUUAUCAUAGCUUCGGUUUAGAGAGGUGGAUUGUCAAUUUUUUUUAAAGAGUUCCACUUGGACGUCUGUGUCAUCAGGCCAUUUAGAGAUAAAAUGAAUUGUUCAACAUUUUGACCAAUUGAGUAGAUUGUGGUGUCGUCAGCAUACAUCACAAUGGAGCCAUCUUCUACUUGAUCAGGAAGGUCAUUAGUAUAAAUAGUAUACAAUCUUGGACCAAGCAAGGAUCCUUGAGGAACACCAAAUUUAAUAGGAAGAGACAUUGAUCUCUGAUUGUUUACUUCUGUAUAUUGGUAUCUAUCAAGUAAGUAGCUCAUUAGCCACUGAUGUAAUGGGCCACAGAUGUCAACUGCUUUGAGCUUUAAGGAUAGAAUUUCAUGCGACACGGCAUCAAAGGCUUUUUGAAAGUCAAUAAAUAUGGCCCUAACAAUUAGACCUCUGUCCAUAACUAGUUUCCACUUUUCUGUCAUGGUGAGAAGUAAGUCCUCUGAGGAGCAACCUUUUCUAAAGCCCCAUUGGUGUUUACUUAAGAAGCCACAAUCUUGUAGAUGGCUAGAACAAAUCUGGUUUUCUAGGAGCUUUCCAGGAAUGCUGAGUAACGAAAUUGGCCUGUAGUUUGAAACCUCGGAGAAGGAGCCCUCUUUAUGCUGCUUCUCUGACUAGUUGUUAGUCUCUUUCUGUAGCAGACUGUUUGCCUCCCAGGCUGCGGUAUUUUGUGUCGAAUAUCCAAGUUAUCACAUGGUUAGUUUCGCCAGUGGGCCAGAUGAAGUAAAUCCUGUUUUCUAAAUGGCUACCCCAGUUAUGAUCACCCGACAUGAUUCUGACAAAAACGAAAAAUGUCUUCUACCCAGUUACAUACCUCAUAACUCCUAGGGAACUUUUUUUUUGUCCAAAAAGAGUUUUUUGGGCAGUUUUGGCAACAACAGAGUCACAAACACGUCAUUAGGCUGAGAAAACAAAGAAAAUGAAGACAGUUUCGCCCCCUACACCAACGUGGCACCACAGUUUCUUUUUCUGAUUCAAUUCAUUUGGUACGUUCUUUUCUUGUAACUAAGUUUACUAAAAUGACCCAUUCGUUUUAUUUCAGCAACGUGUUUAAUGAGGUUGAGCUUCACUCGUAUCAGAUAUGGAAGUACCAGUACUACAAUCUUGUUAUGGAGUACAACAAACACCCACCUCUGGCUACACCUUUCGCUUUUAUUUUCCAUCUUGUCGAGUUUGUGCGGUGGCUUGUGAGGAAGUGUAGAAAGCAUAAUAAAGUCUCUCGUAAGUUGUUUAUUUUUGUGUUGUUGUAAGGUUGUGCCGCUUUAGUUUUCCUUUGUAAAUAUUAUCUUGGCACAUUUUUUGUAACUUUCUAAUUUUUCGUUGUAGUGUUUUUGUCUCUUACUCGUGGAUAUAGAUAAGAUAACUAUACUCUCAUGCAGUGACUGAGUUCAAUUUCUUAUAUGGAGGAGUUUCAACUAAAUUAUUACAGGACUACCUCUUCAGUUAAAGCGUAUUAUGUCAUGCACACCCAAAAAAAUGAUUAUUUUCUUUUAGCUAAGUUUACUGCAGAGGAUCUUGAACUGCUAAGACUCUUUGAAAUAGAAAGUGCAGCCAACUAUCUACAGCGCAUUGAGGAGGAAAAGAGAACUGGUACAGAGGAGAGGGUUAGGAGAACCAGUGAAAGGUGAAUUGAAUUUUUAGUGGUAAAGGUACUGAGUGGAGAUCAGAUAACACAACACUUCCGAAUUCGGGUCCUUGAUUUUUUUAAUCCCUCGUGUGGCCACAAGUAUUUGACACAGGUCUCCAGUUAGUUGAAGUAAGGAAGUACCAAACGAAAAUCUUCGAAUUGGGUUGGAAAUGCCUCAAACAACUUGUCCUGGUUGUGGAAAUAUUUUCGGAGGGAAGGAAACAGUGUGGCUGAGUGGUUGAGGUGCUGGUCUGUAAUCUGGUGGCCCUUCAUCCUGCUACUCCCUGGAUUUGUUCUUGGUUACCUUAAGUUCAACUGCUUGGCUGCCCUUUGUAUUGAGCCAAAUGGUCUGUCUUUUACCAUGUUUUUCCAGUUUAGCGGGCCACAAGGUUAUCAGUUUGCAACUCUUCAGAGUUAUCCCCUAUUAAUUAAGUCCUAUUUAUUUAUUGCGAAUAAUAUUUUGUCAAAGCAAGAACAAAGUGCUCGGAUUGCACUGCCCUGGUUCACAGAAUCUGUUUUGGCAUCAUUGUAUCUCUUAUCUGCUCAAAACAAUCGAUGACCAAAGAGAUACGUCAUUCAUGAGAAUAGCUUGUUGUUCAUGAACUACUACAGAAACAAAAUUGUUCAAGUUCUCGAUAUAGUGAUAUAGAUUUUUAUUUAUUACACGUUCUCUCGCAGGGUGGAGCAUUUGGUGAAGAAAGUCACGGAAUUACAAGAAACUCUUCAACGUCACCUCACAAAUACCAAGGGGAGUUUUCAACAGAGCAAUCUUAAUUCUAGUUAACAGCAGUCAGUGAGCGAGGUUGGGUGGAUGUUCAUAUAUAUAUAUAUAUAUAUGUUAUUCACCAGACGGGAGGUCCGUAGUGGGAAAAACCGGGCCCGAGGUCUUGGAUACCGCCCGAGGCCGUAGGCCGAAGGCGGUACACAAGGCAGAGGGCACAGUUUUUCCCAAUACGGACCGACUUUGGCUGGUGAAUAACAUUUUUAAUUUUUCUAAGACCUAACAAAUGGUUGCGAAUAGAACCGCCCGCUGUGAGCGGGCCGGGUGGGGAGAAUACUGCCCGCUCUCGGAACCAAUCAGAUUGCAGGAUUUGUAGAAUACCGCUCGCUCACGAACUGAGGAAAAAAUAAAGCGUAGAUAUCAGUAACGAAAAAGCAAGAUAUCGAGUUAAGUAUUUUUUCCAGUUGCGUCGCUUCGAAGUUAUUUCACUUCAAAUCGAAAGUUGUUUUACCACAAAUCUAGAGCGACGUAUGGAAAGAGAGACUGUUGUGUAAACGUUGCACGAAUGAGGAAGAGCUAUUCUCUUUGCAGCCACUGUUCGCUCACGUUAACUUAUAGAUAGCUCAGAAGCGUAGUCAGUAAAGUAGCCAAUCAGAUAACAGCUUUUGUGAUAACACGCAACUAGAUUUAAAAGAUUAAAUUACAUCUAGAACAUCGGACGUAAAUUUAUUGAAAAUAAACAAUGUUAGAUAUGAUAUAGGAAAAAUGAAACAAUUGAAUCCGAACUAGUUUAAACCAUUUUUGAGACUUCAGAUAAGUCACCACACGUCUUGGUGUGUGUUAUGAUAUUUGUCAAUCAGGGUUUUAAUAUAGAUAUUUACAAGUUUAUACCACUUUCUUCUCAAGAAUGUUCUGUUUUAUCUAGAUGUCACUUUACAAAUGAGAAUAAUCUAUUAUUCAGCUACACAUAUACCACACUACUUACCUUAUACAUCAUUUAAAAGACAUUAUAAAAAUAUUUACUCUUACCUUUACAACAAUUUAUUCGCAUCCUUCAGUCAUACUUGCAAACACACCGUUGAAACAAGUUCAAAC